UUUAUUAUUAAUUUUGACUUAAAAUUUAAUCUAUAUUUUAAUCAUGUAUCUCCCCGUAACAUUCCCGCGUUGCUAGUUUAUAGUUUGCAGCAUAUGACAAACUAAAAAAAUGUUGAUAUUCAAUUUAUAUUAAUACUUUUCGUCGUCGUCGUACUCAUAAUUGUCUUUAUAUGAAUAUGUGUAUGUAUCACCUAAGAAAAUAUUGCAUGCAAAACCAUAAAAGUUCUAGUAUGAAGCCCUACACACGAUUGAACAUCAUUGUGAAUGAGAUUUUAACUUGUUUUUUGUUUUUUCAUUUCCAUAAGCUGGAAAAGUUGAAAUAAAUCUUUAUUGGGACAUCCAUUGAUCUAAUAUUUUAGUCUAUGUAUUGUUGGAUAACCCCAUCAAUCCGUUUUUCCCUCAGCAAAUGUUUCGUAAAAAGUCACAUUCGAAAGUAUUAAACAAAAGGAACUUAAAAUCUUGUUCAUACAAAUAUGAUAUUAAUGAAGUUGAAUUUAUUACAGCUGCAGAAAGACCUAGGAUUCAGACAAGUGCAGCAUAUACCUAUAUUCCAACAUUUGACAACAGCAACAUAGAAACCUACGCAGGAAUACCUAAGAGAAAAUAUAGAGGAGUGAGAAUGAGGCCAUGGGGGAAAUGGGCUGCUGAAAUAAGAGAUCCAUAUAAAGCUUCAAGGCUUUGGUUAGGCACAUUUGACACUGCCGAGGAUGCUGCUAGAGCUUAUGAUGAGGCAGCUUUACGGUUCAGAGGCAACAAAGCCAAACUAAAUUUCCCAGAAAAUGUCAGGCCCUUGCAAUCUUCUUCAUCCCAGUCCAGCAUUUCGUUAUCUCAGAAUACACUUUUUUCAGUUUCGACCUCAUCCGAACCCAUUGUUCAUACUCAAGCUCAAAGUAUUAUUCCCAACAGACAAGAGUUUAUGAAUCUUGAUGAUAUUCAAAGACAGCCCAUAAUUCCGUUGGAUCAGUUAUUGUUUUCGUCGUCAACAUGUUCGAAUUUUCAAUCUUCGUAUUUGUCUUCGUACGAUCAAACUGUUCCAUCGGCGACUACAUCUUUUCCUCUGUUUUUUCAAGCUCAGCCAAGUGAUAAUCUAAUGUCAACAAACAGUCCAAGAAGUGAGGCUGAUUUUUCUUGGGGUGAUUCGAGUCAUCAGACUUCU